AUGAAUCCGUUAACCAGCUCCUCAUUCCUUGUACUCUUCCUGCGAGCAGUGUUGCUCGACCUGUUUCCAAAUGCAGAAAAAGUUGAAGAGUUCCUGAAUGCGGCGGGCAUCAAGGACUCCGGUGGGGGGCGCAGGUUAAUGGUGGUCCACUACCUUUACAGCAUGGUGGACGACCUUCUGAGGGACACGAGCGCCGGCGGACUGGACGCCGAUGUCGUUGACCCCAGCGGAAAAUUACGAGCUGCUGACGUCAUCUUCAAAAACGCAGACACCCUCUCACUGGAAAGCCUCGUGGCUGGCCUGUACCAUGGUCUGAACCAGUAUAUGCGGGACAACAAACGUCUGACCGACAAGAUCUCGUGGCCCCGGACGUUCGGUGUGCCGCGCUGCCAAAAACUCGGCCAGCGUGGCCUCCUCUCGGCGAUCGACUACUUUUUGGCCCGCGCCAAGCAGGAUCCCGCGCUCUGCCGGGCCCUCCUCGCGUACCUCGACAACUGGUUCAGCGACCCCAGCACGCGCCACUGCGUCAUCACGGUGCGAGCAAGCGCGCGCGCCUGCCUGAACUACCUCCUCGGUGCCGCUGACGACACCACCCAGGAUGCUGACGUCAGCAGCCAGAGAGACGCUGUGCUCGUCGGUGCGGCUGACGUCACCACCCAGGAUGUUGACGACAGCCAGAGCGGGGCUGUGCUCCUUGGUGCCGCUGACGUCACCACCCAGGAUGUUGACGUCAGCAGCCAGAGCGGCGCUGUGCUCCUCGGUGCCACUGACGUCACCAUCCAGGAUGUUGACGUCAGCAGCCAGGGCGGCGCUGUGCUCCUCGGUGCCGCUGACGUCACCACCCAGGACGUUGACGUUCUCACCCAAAACGGUGCUUUCCUGCCCGCGGACGGGGGUGACGACAUCCUCCAGGAGGCUGGCUGGUAUGGCUUAGAUGGCCCUACCUGGAUCGAGGACUACUUUGGCCGUGCGGAAGAGAACGCUGGUGCGGCAGUAUCUCUGCACUCGCCCACCGUGCCCGUUCAGGUGGAUCAGCCGUGGUCGCCGUUCGACACCGCGCGCGACCUGGUUCGCAACGGAAACGCGCCCCUCGUUCUCGACUGCCUAGGUCCUGUCGCCAUGGAGAUGGCGGAAGGCGAGGACGCCGUUGAUGCGGCCCAUGAUUUGGAGAUGCAAGCUGCCUUUCCGUAG